AUGGAUCAUCUUAUUUCGGGACAAGUUCAACAAGUCGAAGAUGCCGAAGGAACUCGUGCACAACAAGAAUUUUCGAAAUUCCUUCUCAAGUAGGAUUUUUUAACCUAUUUUUAUUCUGCAAAAGCAAAAUGAGAAUUUUUACAGCUUCAAAGAUGAGAAAGGCGAACAAAUCUACAAAAAGGCGAUGAGAGAUUUGACUCAACCUGAAAGAAACACUCUUUUUGUUGAUAUGCAACAUAUUUACUCACAUAGUAACAGUUUGGCGACAAGUAUUGAAUUGCAAUUUUAUAGGUGAGAGGAAGAAGAAGAAACAAAAUUUUCUUAGGAAUGACAAAUAACUUCAUCAUUUUUCCACGUAGACAAAGAAUGUGCACGUGGAAAAUUGACAUUUCUAAAUGAUAAGUAUGAAGCCCAAAACUUCAUAAAAAAAUAUACUGAUAUUUUUCAGAGUUUAUCCAUUUAUGUGCGAAGCUCUUCAAUUAGCAACAAUCGAUGAAUGCGAUGAAAACGAGCGACAACAAAUGUUCAAGAAACAACUCUAUGUUUCGCUUCAUAAUUUGAACACAAAAACCAAAGUUCGCGAAUUGUCGGCUGACAAAGUUGGAGGACUUGUCAAAAUUUCCGGGCAAAUAGUGAGAACUCAUCCAGUUCAUCCCGAACUUUCUCGUGCUACUUUUGUUUGUGAAGAUUGUGGAGUUACUACAAAGGAUGUUGUCCAACAAUUUAGAUAUACUCAAGUAGGCAUUUAUUGAUGAGAUUAUUUAAAUAUUAGAUUUUUUCCAGCCAACAAAAUGUUCGAAUCCUCAAUGCAUGAAUCGCACUCGUUUUUCUCUUGAUGUCAACGAAUCAACAUUUGUUGAUUUCCAAAAAGUUCGAAUUCAAGAAACCCAAUCAGAACUUCCACGUGGAUCAAUUCCUCGAACUGUCGAUGUUAUUAUUCGAGGAGAAAUGGUUGAAAGUGUACAACCAGGUGAUAAAUGUGAUAUUGUUGGAACAUUGAUUGUUAUUCCGGAUAUUGCUCAAUUAAGUACACCUGGAUUACGCGCUGAAACAUCGAAUCAAAAUCGUGGAAGAGCACUUGAUAAAGAUAGUGGAAUUACUGGUUUGAAAGCACUUGGAGUUCGUGAUUUGACAUAUAAAAUGGCAUUCUUGGCUUGUCAUAUUCAACACAAUGAUAGUCUUAUUGGUGGAGAUGUUUCUGGUCAUAUUGAAGAAACUGAUUAUUUCGAAUUAUGGCAGAAAAUGUCAGCGGAAGAAAGAGAGAUUUUGAAGAAAAUGAGCGAUGAUCCAAAAAUUGAAGAACAUAUUGUUGAAAGUCUUUUCCCAAAUAUUUAUGGAAAUUAUGAAGUCAAACUUGGAGUUCUGUUAAUGCUUCUUGGUGGAGUUCCAAAGAAAAGUAAAAAUGAGGGAACAACUCUUCGAGGAGAUAUCAAUGUAUGUCUUGUUGGAGACCCUUCAACUGCCAAAUCACAAGUUUUGAAAACAGUUGAAGAAUUCAGUCCUCGAGCAAUUUACACAUCUGGAAAAGCAUCAUCAGCUGCUGGUUUAACUGCGGCUGUUGUCAAAGAUGAAGAAUCUUUUGAAUUUGUUAUUGAAGCUGGAGCAUUGAUGUUGGCUGAUAAUGGUGUUUGUUGUAUUGAUGAAUUUGAUAAAAUGGAUCAAAAAGAUCAGGUUGCAAUUCACGAAGCAAUGGAACAACAAACUAUUUCGAUUACUAAAGCUGGAGUUAAAGCAACACUUAAUGCGAGAGCUUCGAUUCUUGCGGCUGCAAAUCCAGUUGGAGGAAGAUAUGAUAGGUAAUGAUUUUUUAACACAUGGGACAAAAAUCUAUCAAUAAUAAUUAAAUUCAGAUCCCGCCCAUUGAAAUACAAUGUCCAAAUGUCGGCUCCAAUCAUGUCACGUUUCGAUCUUUUCUUUGUUUUGGUUGAUGAAUGCAAUGAAAUCACUGAUUAUGCAGUUGCACGACGAAUUAUUGAUAAUCAUCGAGCAAUUAAUGAGCAUAUUGUUAGACCAACUGCUUAUAAAAUUGAUGAUAUCAAGAAAUAUAUUGCAUUUGCCAGAUGUUUCAAGCCAAAGGUAAUUUUAUAUCACUUGGAGAGAUAAGAAUGAUGAAAAAAUUAAUUCUAAUUGAAAGAUAAUAAUCUUUAAAAAUAUUUUUCAAAAUUUUGGAGCAUUUGACUUUAUUUUUUGAAGUCUUUUUAUCUAAAAUCUAAAGGAGAUUGUGCCUGAUUUAAUUUUCUGUUGAUAAUUUUCCAAAAUCCCAAGGUUUAUUCAAAAAUCGCUUAAAAAUGUAAGAAAAGGGGUUUAACUUUGGAAAUUUUUAAAGACCUUAACUGAAAAAAAUUGGCUCGAGGACCUAUUUUAUGUAUAAUAACAUGACAAUAUUGUUUUUUUUAUUUAAAAAUCAACGCAUUCGUUUCUCCCACAAAUCAAUUGAUUUUCAGUUGUCCACCGAAGCAGCCACCGAAUUGGUUCGCGAAUACAAAAAAUUGCGAAUGUCUGACAGCAACAAUGCAGCCACGUCAUCCUGGCGAAUUACUGUACGACAACUGGAAUCAUUGGUUCGAUUGUCGGAGGCAUUGGCAAGAUUGCAUUGUGGAAGAGAAGUUAAAGCUGAACAUGUUUUGCAAGCAUCGAAAUUGUUGAAUAAGUCGAUUGUUAGGUGAGUAAAAGGAAAUCAGUCCACAAAAUAUGUGGAAUUUUCAAAAUACCACGUGGAUUGAGUUGAAAAUUGAUUUUUUCGAAAACAAUCGAACAAAAUCCCCAAAUUUUGUAGAGUUGAACAACCUGAUAUUGGACUCGACGAUGAUGAUUGGGACAAGGAAAUUGUUGUUGUCGAAGGCGACAAAGAAAAUGCUCAACCGGCCGAAGAAAUGGAACACGAUGGAAAACGCAUUGAUCCAGCAAAACUCAAGAUCAAGUUUGAAGACUACAAAAAACUCGCGGAUGUUUUGGUGUUGCAUAUGAGAGCUGAUGAAGACAGACAAGGAGAAGAAGAAUAUGCUGGAGUUAAACAAAGUGCAUUGGUUGAUUGGUAUUUGUCGACAAUUGAAGAGGAACUCGAAUCGGAAGAAGAUUAUAAUGUGCAAAAAAUCAUCUGCGAACGUGUUCUUCGUCGUUUGACACAUGAUGAUCAUAUUUUGCUUGAAGUUGAACCAGGACAAGAUCCAAUUUUGUGUGUUCAUCCAAACUAUGUUAUUGCUGACGAAUAA